AUGGCCAUGUUAGCUUCAAAAGCGGCUUUCCCCGCAGGCAUGGGCUCCUCCUCCCACACUCCUGUCGCAUCUCAGCCUGCGAUGCCUCUGCCCCGAAGAACUCCCAUGAUGCCCUCGUCAGGUGCUUAUGGUAGCCCGACAGAAUCCGAAUUCACUGAACACGACCCCGCCGAAUCCGUCAAAAACUGGGACGAGGAUCAAGUGUGCGAGUACCUGCGAACCGUCAAAUGUGGCGAAUAUGAAAAGAUCUUUCGAAAGAAUCACAUCAAUGGCGAGAACCUUUUGGAGAUGGACAAGGACGUGCUGAAAGAAAUGGGUGUUGAAAAGGUCGGCGACCGCGUCCGCCUGUUUCUCAGCAUUAAGAAGCUGAGAACCAGAGCGUACGCCAACGAGAAGAAGCGCAAUCGGGAUUCCUUCGGCGGACUCGAUAUUCAAAUCACAGCACCCAACGACUCGCCACGAUUGCACUCGUCGAGAGGCGUUCCUGCAUCAUCUAGCAAGCGUUAUUCAAGACAACUCGACUUGUAUGGUGCUCUAGACAAUGGCAAGACAUCUUCGAGGCCUAAUUCCCCUUUGCCUGGUACCGAUGUUCGAAAUCUGCGGGCUCGAGGGAAAACAUAUGCCUCGAUCCCUGUAAAUGCUCAAGGGCAAAGGAUUGUAACUACAAACCCGGAUCUUCCGGCAAACCGUCUGGUAACAACCCAUACCAGGAAUAACUCCAGUAUGGACGGUUCACUGAUGGCUGCCUUACCACAGGGUCAAGAAGUUAUCCGCGUUAUAUCGACUGGCGGCGUUACGAAGGUCGUCAAGAUUUCCGGAUGCAACACUUGCGAGGAGGUCAUGCGGGUGACUCUCCGCAAAUUCGCUUUGCGGGAGGAUCAUGAAAGGAAUUACUGCUUUUGGGUCCUGGCUGGUAUCGACCCAGAUCCAGGUCAAUGCCGACGCCUAGGCGACACGGAGCUCUGGCGCAUCAUCAAAGACCAACGACGACCAGAACGAAACCGAUUGAUAUUGCGGAGAGUUCCCGCAGGCGAGCCAGGCGAGGCGGAAUUGCACCGCGCCGCGGCCAUUGCCAUGGAGGAGGAACAGCAAAAGCAUGCUCGAGCGCUCGAGACGGUGGACAAGCGAAGAUCGCUUCGACCAUUUGGAGGUCUUCGACCACCCAGCGAGUUGAUUGCAUCUGAUCUUACAUCCUACUUCCCCGACCAUACCAGAGAGGAUAUUGAUCGAACAGCCCGGCUUUCUAUGCGACGGUCAACCCGCAUGAGCAAGGUCAACAGCCGGCUCAGCGUGGCUAGUAACCUCAGUUUUGCUUCUAGCAUCCAAGAUGCACCUCCCAUCCCCACUAUUGCCGACUCCUGGCUUAAUGCUAACACCCAACUGGCCAAGGUGAGAACACGAGACUCACAUAUUCGGGUUCCUCAAGCCGCGUACAAUCGCGACUCGGUCACCUCGUCAGUCCUCGAUACACUCCAAGAAGAGUCGUCGCUUGAGCCUGACCGCAAGUCCUAUGUCUCAUUCACCGAGAGCGGCUCCGAUUCAGCCCCUGUCAGUGUCACCGACCCCGAGGGCAACACCACAGCCACAAGCUACUACGAUGGCGACACCUCAACAGGUUCGGGAUCAUUCCAGGAAAUUCGACAAGCUCUGACAAACGACGGUGACGACGUGGACGAGGAGCUACACAGUUUCUUGGCCGGAGAGUCAUGGGGCGACGACAAAUGGAUGAAGGGUGCGCUCAUCGGCCAGGGAUCAUUCGGCUGCGUUUACCUAGCUCUGCACGCCGUUACGGGCGAGCUCCUUGCCGUGAAGCAGGUUGAGACACCUGCACCUGGAGCCAACAGCCAAGGCGACAAUCGUAAGAAGGGCAUGAUUGAUGCACUCAAGCGAGAAAUAAGUCUUCUUCGCGAUCUUCGUCACCCUAACAUCGUGCAAUAUCUUGGCUGCAGUUCAACAGCUGAUUAUCUUAACAUUUUCCUCGAGUAUGUGCCUGGUGGCUCAGUCCAGACGAUGCUCAACUCGUACGGCGCUCUCCCCGAACCGCUAGUGCGCAGUUUUGUGCGGCAGAUUCUGACGGGUCUCUCGUACUUGCACAACCAGGACAUCAUUCACCGUGAUAUUAAGGGCGCCAAUAUUUUGGUCGACAACAAAGGAACCAUUAAGAUUUCCGAUUUCGGUAUCUCCAAGAAGCUGGAGGCCACCAACAUUUUGAACGGUGCCAACAACAGCAAGCACCGUCCUUCACUGCAAGGAUCCGUUUUCUGGAUGGCUCCCGAAGUAGUGAAGCAGACAUCGUAUACUCGCAAAGCGGAUAUUUGGUCGCUCGGAUGUUUGGUGGUGGAAAUGAUGACUGGCAGUCACCCGUUCCCCGAUUGCAGUCAGCUACAGGCUAUCUUCAAGAUUGGGGGCGGAAAAGCGGCCCCUACAAUCCCUGAGCAUGCAAGCGAGGCAGCCAAAGAGUUUCUCGCGCAAACGUUUGAAAUCGACCACAACCUACGUCCUAGUGCAGAUCAACUGAUACUCAGCCCCUUCUUGAUCCCUAUCACGUAG